GCGACGCGUGGCGCGAUGGCGGCGGCCCCACGCGCGUGCCGGCGGCGCGGGCAGCCACUCCCGGGCCUGCGGCCGCCGCUGCUGCUCCUGCUGCUGCUGUUGCUGGCCCCGCCGCCUCCGGGGGGCCCGCCAGGUGUCGCCGCCUACUUUCCCGAGGAGCGCUGGAGCCCGGAGUCGCCGCUGCAGGCGCCGCGGGUGCUCAUCGCGCUGGUGGCGCGAAACGCGGCCCACGCGCUGCCCGCCACCCUGGGCGCCCUUGAGCGGCUGCGGCACCCGCGGGAGCGCACGGCGCUGUGGGUGGCCACGGACCACAAUGCAGACAACACAUCAGCUGUGCUGCGGGAGUGGCUAGUGGCAGUGAAGAGUUUGUACCAUUAUGUGGAGUGGCGGCCGGCGGAGGAGCCCAGGUCCUACCCAGACGAGGAGGGCCCCAAACACUGGUCCGACUCUCGCUAUGAGCACGUCAUGAAGUUGCGCCAGGCUGCCCUGAAAUCGGCUCGGGACAUGUGGGCUGAUUACAUCUUGUUUGUGGACGCAGACAACCUGCUCAUCAACCCCGACACCCUGAGCCUGCUCAUCGCCGAGAACAAGACCGUGGUGGCUCCUAUGCUGGACUCCCGGGCCGCGUACUCCAACUUCUGGUGUGGAAUGACUUCCCAGGGCUACUACAAGCGCACGCCCGCCUACAUCCCCAUCCGCAAGCGCGACCGCAGGGGCUGCUUCGCGGUUCCCAUGGUGCACUCGACCUUCCUGAUCGACCUGCGGAAGGCCGCCUCCCGGAACCUGGCCUUCUACCCGCCCCACCCCGACUACACCUGGUCCUUCGACGACAUCAUCGUCUUCGCCUUCUCCUGCAAGCAGGCAGAGGUGCAGAUGUACGUGUGCAACAAGGAGGUGUACGGCUUCCUGCCCGUGCCGCUGCGCGCGCACAGCACCCUCCAGGACGAGGCCGAGAGCUUCCUGCACGUGCAGCUGGAGGUCAUGGUGAAGCAUCCCCCCGUGGAGCACUCCCGGUUCAUUUCGGCACCUACCAGGACCCCCGACAAGAUGGGCUUUGACGAGGUCUUCAUGAUCAACUUGAAGCGGCGGCAGGACCGGCGGGAGCGCAUGCUGCGGGCGCUGCACGAACAGGAGAUUGAGGCCCGACUGGUGGAGGCCGUGGACGGCAAGGCCAUGAACAGCAGCCAGGUAGAGGCGUUGGGCAUCCAGAUGCUGCCUGGCUACCGGGACCCCUACCACGGGCGGCCCCUCACCAAGGGCGAGCUCGGCUGCUUCCUCAGCCACUACAGCAUCUGGAAGGAGGUCGUGGACCGAGGGCUACAGAAAUCGCUGGUAUUUGAGGAUGACCUGCGUUUUGAGAUCUUCUUCAAGAGGCGCCUGAUGAAUCUCAUGCGGGACGUGGAGCGGGAGGCCCUGGACUGGGACCUCAUCUACGUGGGCCGGAAGCGGAUGCAGGUGGAGCACCCCGAGAAGGCCGUGCCCCGCGUGAGGAACCUGGUGGAGGCCGACUACUCCUACUGGACACUGGCCUAUGUCAUCUCCCUGCAAGGGGCCCGCAAGCUGCUGGCCGCCAGGCCGCUGGCCAAGAUGCUGCCGGUGGACGAGUUCCUGCCCGUCAUGUUUGACAAGCACCCAGUGUCCGAGUACAAAGCCCACUUCUCGCCCCGCGACCUGCGCGCCUUCUCCGUGGAGCCGCUGCUCGUCUACCCCACUCACUACACGGGGGACGACGGCUACGUGAGCGACACGGAGACCUCAGUCGUGUGGAACAACGAGCACGUCAAGACUGACUGGGACCGAGCCAAGUCCCAGAAGAUGCGGGAGCAGCAGGCGCUGAGCCGCGAGGCCAAGAACUCGGACGUGCUUCAGUCCCCGCUGGACAGCACCGCGCGGGACGAGCUGUGAGGGCUGUGCAGGGCACAGCGGGGUCACCUGGGGCCCCGUGGACCACAGAGCUGACCACGGGGUGGCAUCCAGCCAGCUCUUGCUCAGCAGUCCUUGCCACAGGCAGCAUUAAUGGAGUGCCUACUGUAUGCCAGGAACAGGGCUGGGCACAGGGGAAUUGGAUGGGAACCAGACUGUGUCAUCUAUUCAUGUGCCCAACACUUAUUAAGCACCUGCUGUGUACCAGGUUUCUGUGUUAUGGCCAUGAAGGAGGCAUAAUGAUUCCUCUGAUCAGAGAUUGAAUUGAUCAUCAAGCAUUUAUUGAUCAGAUUAAGAAUCAGGUAUUAGUGAUAUAUGUUCACCUUUUAAAUUCAUUCAAAGUAUUUAUUGAGUGCCUACUGUGUGGUGGGCACCAUUCUGGGCUCUGGGAAUACUGAGAUAAAUAAGACGUUCAUUUAUUCAGACACAUGCCAAGCAUCGACCACGUGCCUGGUAUUUGAGACACAAAGGUAAGUUCUUGAUUCAGGGCAUUUAUUGAGCACCCACUGUGUUGGGACUUCAGCAUGGUGCAAGUAAGCGUGGUGCUUCUCUAAUUGGUUUCUUCCCUUCACCUUGGGCACCGCUGUGCACAAAGCACUAAUGACACCACACAGUGUGACAGCUGUUCAGUCAGCAUUUGUCACCACCCACCGUGUGCUGGGCCACACAGCAGUCCUAGGACACAGAGGUGUGUGAGAUAGGUCCUUUCAUUUCCUCCUGAGGUUGCAUCAGGGCUGGGAUCUCACUGUGUAUCUGUCCUUCAUUUCCUCAUGCAGCAAGCAUUUAUUGAGCACCUACUGUGUGCCAGGCCUCGUGGACUCCCAGCUGGAUUGAAGCAUGCUUGGUUCCCCCCCGGCCCAGGAGGGAGGUAGCUCUUCCCCCACCAGCUGUAACCUCUGGGUCCCAGUGGCCACAUGGCUACUUUUGAGCCCCCCUGGAGGGGGCUCAGGAGGCAGAUGGGGGCUGGGCCUCCCUCCUGCCCAGCCCUCCUGUCUGUCCGCUUGGCGCCUGCCGUGGAGUCUCGCUCUGUCUGCUCCCUCAGCUGCCUGUCUCCACGCCUCCGUGGGAGGAGCGUGUGUUCGGGGCCUGGUGGGCGCAGCCCAUAGGGUGCUGCCCUUGGCCUGGGCUGUGUUCCCAGCAGGGCCGCGGGGUUGCUGUGCCUUCCCGCCAAGUCCACCCUCAGGGCCGGAGCGUCGCCUCGUCCUCCUGGGGCAGCCCUGCUCGCGGGUGGGUCUCGGGUAAUUUGCUUAUUUUUGUAUUAAAUGGUCCUGGUUGGUUUCCACCGAA